CACUGGUGGGCACAGGUGGGUGGCACUGGUGGGUACAGGUGGGUGGGAACAGGUGGGUGGCACUGCUGGGCACAGGUGGGUGGCACUGCUGGGCACAGGUGUGUGACACUGCAGAGUGGCACAGGUGGGUGCACUGCUGGGCACAGGUGGGUGCACUGCUGGGCACAGGUGGGUGAUCUGCUGGGCACAGGUGGGCGGAGUUAGUGGGUGCACUGCUGGGCACAGGUGGGCGGAACUUGUGGGUGGCACUGCUGGGCACCGAUCAUCAGGGCACUGAUCAUCAGUGCCCUGAUGAUCGGCACAGGUGGGUG